UGAAUUCUUUUUCUCCCCUUUCAGAAAACCCUAGCUCCUCCCCCAAUUAUCUUCUUAACUUCUUCUCCUUUUCUCUUUCCUUCUCACAAUGGCUUCCUCGCACUUUCCUCGGAUUCCCGACAGCUACGAUCGACUCAGUGAGUUACCCGAUUCCUUAAUACUUUCGAUUCUUUCGUUGUUGCCGUCGACGAGAGAUGUUGUUAGGACAACCAUUCUGUCGAAACGCUGGAAAGAUCUGUGGACCACCGUCCCCUGCCUUGUGUUCAGAAACGAAAAUCCAGAGUUUAUUUGUGGGGUUGUUGCACAAUGGCGAGGUGCCAAGCUCCUGAGGUUUCAUCUCCGCUGUUGGGAUUCUUUAUCUACUAGUAGCGACGUUGAAUCGUGGCUGCUUUUUGCGGUGGAGAAACAAGUGGAAGAGCUAACUUUAUAUACCAAUUAUAUCCCAUACUACCGACCUCAGAGUUUGUAUUCAUGCUCCUCCAUUACAACACUACACCUUCAAUAUUGUUCCUUGGAAAUCGAGGGGAGCGUGCAGUUGAAUCAACUCGAGACUUUAUCAAUUCUUGCUCCGUUUCCCUCGUGGGCUGACGGCAUAAACAAAAUUCUCUUGGGCGCCCCUCGCUUGGAAAAUAUGAGUUUGAGUUCCGUUGAAAUUGAUGGAAACUUCAAUAUCACAUCUCGCAGUUUGGAGACGCUCAUAAUCCGCUAUGCUAAAAUAAAGGGAGUGAUCACGAUUUCGGCUCCUAAUCUUUUGACUUUACGAAUUCACGUAUACACUUAUAAUGGUGCUAGUUUUCUGUGCAAUGUCCCUUCUUUGACUGAAGCUUGUUUCGAGAAAUAUUAUGGUGCGGAUGAUCGGCAUUUUGAUCCUUUUUAUCAACUUUUGAGAAGCGUCUGCCAUGUCAAGAAGGUCACAUUAACGUUGUUGAACAUUAAGUUGCUUCUCUCCCUGAAGAAGAAGAAAGAUAUGGUUGUUCUGUUUCCAAAUGCUGAGGUUCUAAAACACACAAGCUUAACAAAUGCUGAGGUUCUAAAACACACAAGCUUAAGCAAUCAUGUUGGUCUUCUUGAUGUCCUUGAUCUUCUUGAGUUGUUCCCAAAGUUGAAGAUGUUAAGUUUUCAUCGACUACAACAGGGGUUGAAGGAUUUUAAUACCAUCAAUGCUGAGACGGCAUUCCCCAUCUCCUCACUGAUUCAUCUAAAGAGAGUUGAUAUGACUUGGGAUGCAGACGACCCCUCAAUUAUUCCAUUUAUAGAGAUUCUCCUGGAAAACGCACCCUCUCUCGACGAGAUGGUGUUUCGUCUUAGAAAGUGUAGAGAUGCUCGUAAGGUGUUGUUGAUGGUAGAAGAGAAGGUGCGAGGAAUGCCAAGAUCCUCCCCAACUGCAAAGGUUAUUAUAUUGGAAAAAUUAUCUAUUAAUCAAACGAGGCUUUAAGGAUGUGAGGUUAUGUUGAUUUGAUAUACGUGUUGUGUUACUCACUUUGCUUCUUUACUUUAUUUGACUAGCUCUCUCUAUUUCGUUUGGAAUUUCGCAUUAUUAAUUGUUUUUAUUGUGUACGUACGUAUGUUAUAUAUGUUUUUAUGCAGCAUCCCAGCUGCUGUUCAUAGCAUAAUUUAUUUGCUAUUGACUCAAUUUACCAUAUAGUUCUUUUUAAUUUGUA